GUUAGCUGUGCCUCUAGCGCACGAAGCCGCGUCGUUGCAUCCAUGGCUCAAUUAAACUCCAGUUAUUUUUGAAAAUAUCAGUGUAAAAACAUUCAUAAUAAUUUCAUCUAUUCUGUCAAUGUCAUCCUAUCAUUUAUUAGAUCUUACGACGAAAAUGUGCUGCCCCACUACAGCUUCGGUUAUAUUCUGUAAAAAUCGGUGAUAGUCUUUAAACUUCUUAUAAGAGUCUAUCACGUUAAGUGCGCUUGAUCAAGUUGGCAUUCAUUCGAUGGUUCGCUGAAGUUUAUUCUCUCUUCAAGAAGCAUAGACAACGAAUAAUUCUGGCAUGUUGACAAAAGAUUCUUGGCCCACAAUACCACGAAAACAUCGUUCAACUGAAAUUACGGCUGCAAGAUUGCAGUGACGGGAGGAGUCGGGAAGAACAGAGAAACAAUGGCUUCAGAUUCCAGAUUGUCAUCGUCAUGCUCGUCUACGAGCGACAGUAACUCAGCUCCCCCCAUGUCGAGGAUGGGAUCGAAGUUCCUCGUUCGGAAAGCGACGCCUCAAGGGCCUUGCUCUCCUUCGCCUGUUGAAGAUCUAUCACAAAAUUGGAUAAGCUUUUGGUCUUUCUUCUCUUGCACAAGGUCAUCGCCUUCGAAGGCUCUAGCAGAUCCAGACACUUCUUGGAAACCUCCUAAAGGCAAAAGGUCUCCACAUCAUUGGCUGACAGAUUUUCAGGAAGUCUUUGGUUCGGAGUCACAAAAUGUUGACGAUACAACGAAAUACUGCCAAAAAAGACAGCAUCACAUAUUUCACGGUGAUGAGAAAUUAAAACCAUCGUCGUAUUUAGGUAGCGUUAUUCUAGCAAUGAGAAGAUUCAAUUUGUUAUUAUUAUUGUUCUUUUUCAAUACCGAAAUUUUGGCUCAAUCCUUCAUUGAUCGCGUGCUACCAACACCUCGUGGCUGGUCACUCGCAUCGAAUUUUUACAGUAGUUCGUUGCAUACCGCAGAUCGUUUCUAUAAUAUAACGAUCAGGUGGAAAGACGGGAUGUUCAAAUUUCUCCAAACGUCAACAGCAAGUGAAAGAAAGAGAGCCACGACAGAACUCAAUAAAUAUAUAACUAAUGUAAGCAGAGCAUUACAAGUCUUUAUCACAGUCUCAAGAGACUAUGCCGUUAAAAAUAUCACGAAAUUAUCACAAAAGCUCAGAAAUCAUCUCACCCAUCAUCGCAUUAGUUCAAGACCGUGUCAUACGAGCGAUUUCAAUGCACCUUCAUUUUUGCGGUCGUGCAAGUUUCGUUUUAUUUGUGGGCGAACUGCGAUGUCGUCGUUUUUAAAAACUAGUCCGUGGUUUUCGGUCAAACGUUGCUGGAUGGAGCAGUGGCUACCAACCAAGAAUUUCUCCAUCACAAGACUGCCUAUUCUACGAAUUAUCACCCUGCUUCUUGCUUGUCUUCCAACCGGUGCAAAUGCCGGUCAGCACGAGAGGCGAUUGCUGAGCGACCUGCUCGGCAACUACAACCCGCUGGAGCGACCUGUAGCCAACGAAAGUGAACCCGUACAGGUGUCCUUCGGCAUAACCCUCCAACAGAUUAUAGACGUGGAUGAAAAGAACCAAAUACUUACAACAAACGUUUGGUUAAAUAUGGAAUGGAACGAUGUCAAUCUGCAGUGGAACGAGUCGGAUUACGGUAACGUGAAGGACCUACGCAUCCCACCCUACAAAAUCUGGAAGCCCGACGUGCUCAUGUACAAUAGCGCCGAUGAAGGUUUUGACGGCACAUAUCAAACCAAAGUGGUGGUGUCGAGCAAUGGGAAUUGCUUGUACAUCCCGCCCGGCAUCUUUAAGUCGACAUGCAAGAUCGACAUCACUUGGUUCCCGUUCGACGAUCAAAAGUGCAAAAUGAAAUUCGGCUCCUGGACGUACUCCGGGUGGCAGCUUGACCUUCAGCUGCAAAGCGAAGAAGGCGGCGAUCUCAGCGACUUCAUCAAAAAUGGCGAGUGGGACCUCAUUGGUUGUCCAGGGAAGCGUAACGCCAUAUACUACCAAUGUUGUCCUGAACCCUAUGUAGACGUUACUUUCGAGAUAAUGAUAAGGAGGCGCACACUGUACUAUUUCUGCAACCUUAUUCUGCCGUGUGUGCUGAUCGCGUCCAUGGCGGUACUUGGGUUUACCCUGCCUCCAGACUGCGGAGAGAAACUCUCAUUAGAAAUCACAAUCCUCUUGUCGCUCACACUCUUCCUCAAUAUGGUGUCGGCGACCACGCCGGCGACUUCUGAAUCUGUACCCCUCAUCGGCACGUAUUUCAACUGCAUCAUGUUCAUGGUGGCAUCAAGUGUCGUUAGCACCGUACUUAUUCUCAACUACCAUCACCGGUCUGCCGACACGCAUGAAAUGUCACCCAUGGUGAGAAGCAUGUUCCUGCAAUGGCUGCCGUGGGUGCUCAGGAUGCAUCGUCCUGGGGAGAAGAUCACGAGGAAGACGAUCAUGAUGAACAACAAGAUGAAGGAGCUCGAGCUCAAGUGUCCUCCAUCGUUCCAGGAACGAUCAUCCAAGUCGCUGUUGGCGAACGUGCUGGACAUUGACGACGACUUUCGGGCUCACACUCUGCCCCAUCCCGGGCAUACGACCAACAACAGCACCUCGGUGGGGGGUAUCAUGCGCAUCCCGCAUACCGGGCACUCCGUAGACGAUACACACCUGGUGCAUACCUGCAUGUCGCAGUGUACCAGAGAGCUCAACCUUAUCCUUAAAGAAAUUAAAGUUAUAACAGACAAGCUCAGGAAAGAUGAUGAAGAAUACGAGGUCACGAACGACUGGAGAUUCGCGGCGAUGGUCGUAGAUCGUAUGUGCCUGAUCGUGUUUACGCUCUUCACAGUGACCGCUACCGUCGCUGUGCUCCUUUCGGCACCGCACAUCAUGGUUCCAUAAUAAUGAGCCUCCGCGCAGAAUUAUUUUCUCUUCGGCAUCUUAUACGUUUUCUGGUUUAUGCGAAGCGACGUUGUCUCUUCGGCACUUUCUCAGAUCGCUGCAUUAUGUGAAGAAUCUCAUUCUUCAAGCAACUUCAUCGACAGAAAAUAAUAUUGAAGCAAUCUCGCUUCUUCUACGAAGUAUCCUUCAGAAAGCUAACCUCAAUUCUUGCUGAGAGAAAUGUUCCAUCUGUUUGCAUCAGAACCUGAACUUUGUUUGAUAAUUCAAGAAGAAUCUCUGUAUAUGUGUACCCAAUAAAAAAUUAUCGUCAAGCAAUAUUUAUCACUUCAUGGCUAUGAAGUGAUGGUAAUUCAACAAACAACGACGUUGAGUUUAGAAAAGACUUGUAUAGAUCCUUCUAGAAAUUCAUUUCCAUUUAUCAUCCUGAUUCACCAGCACUUGACUUAAUAAGAAACGGCCCAAUUGGCAAAGAAUUACCACCCCUUUUUUGGGAUUCUAUACAUCUUUUGUUUUGGGAAGAUUGAUGUGCGUAAGAAGUUUGACAAGUUUUGGAAACAUUCAUGAGGUCUUAUCAAGUUUCGAUAGAAUCGAUACGCAUCAGUAGGAGCUCAACGAUUUAUUUGGAUAAUAGAAACAGAUUUUACACUCGAUAAUGGCAUAUAAUAGCAGGACGUUUUUGCUAACGGCUUGUUAAUGCAUUGAAUCUCCAGCCUUCACGAUGACUGUAUCGAAAAAUUCUGUUGUUUUAAAUAAUGAAAACGAUCAAGUUGAACAUCAUUAAUGGAAUAGGGAAAUCUGAGUUUCUGGCGAUUAGAAAAAACGAAGAAGUUUAAAAUAGAAUUCGAAGUUACUGUUUAGAACCUAGACCAAUGUUAAUAUUUUUGAAUAAUUUUUUGAUACCCAAUGACAAUACUUUCGUUGCUUGGCUACUUCAGUCAUGCUGGUCUAGUGGUAUAUACUACGCGUGUCCUAAGGAGUUCUCAAAAUUAUCCAACUUUUGGAGAAAGGUCGCCCAAGAUGCUUGUAUGACUAUCGUUAAAAAUGUUUUUUUUGAGAUGUUUUCGAAGUUCAAAUCGGGUAUAAAUUUAAAGAUUUAUUUUGCGUCACAUAAUUACGAUGAAUUUUGAAAUAA